AUGGGUAACGGAAUAACCGUAAAUAAAAAACAACUUCCCGGUGUUCUUCAACCGCCUGGUGCACGUAAAAUUGUUGUUAUUCCUUAUCAAAAAUGGAUCUAUUAUGAUGCACGUCGUUUUGGUCAUUUUAAUCAAUUCAGUACCGAUAGUGGUUGUGAAAUAAUUUCAAAUAAUAAUACAAUAUUAUCUGUUCUCCCAUCACUUUCAUCAAGUUCAUUUUCAACUCCAACAUCAUUUGUAUCAACAUCAUUAUCAUUAACAAAUGAUUUCAUUGUACAGACAAAAACUCAAUUGACAUCAACAUCUGUUCCAUCAUCUAUUUCAUUUUUAACUAAUAAAUCAAAUAUACGUAAUCAUAAUAAUCCAUCAGCAUUUGCAUUAGUUGGUUCAGCAAUGAGUUUAUCAAGUUCAUCAUCCGCAGUAACAUGUACGUCAACAACACCUUCGAAUGAUUCCGAUUUACGACGUAUAAAUCCUAAACCAGUGUAUUAUGUGAAUGGAAGAUUUUUCAAAAGUUUAACACGUCUCGGUGAUGCACAGUUUAUAUUAAGUGAACAUGGUGAAGAUGAUAUUAUUCUUACUGUACCAUCAAAUAUCGAACGUUAUCGUACAAAUGAUAAUACUGUACGUGAACGUAUACAUCGUUUAAACCGUGUGAUUGCAUGCUGUGACGAAUUCAUAGUCUUUCAACUUUGGAAAGGAAACAAUGAAGUGGAAAUUUUUGUUUUCGAUCGACCUAUUCCUACAGAAUCAUCUGAAAGUAAAUCUUCAUCAAAAAAAUGUACAUGUCUUCAUCGACAAUCUCAACGACCUAAAUCAUCACCUAUUCCAUCUCAACAACAAUCUGAUGCAACAAUACGUGUAAAUACACCUAAUCGACAUAGUUCAUUAAUGCAAACAGCAACAUUAAGUGCCUAUUAUACUGGUGAACCACAACGAUCACCAAUUAAAUCAUGUUCAUUAUUGAAUGAUACAGAAAAUCGUUUAGAUAUGCAAAAUGAUGCAUAUGAAUUUGUUGAUAAUACAAAAAAAGUUUCUUAUCUAACUGGUUCAGCUCGAUGUACACUGGUAACUGCUUCAGCUGCUGCUUUUGCUGCUAAUAAUAAUACUAACAAUAAUACUAACAUUUCUCACAAUACAAUAUCAUCGACUAUGUCGAGGAUUCGAUUUGGAAAAUUGACCAGUCGUUCCACUUCGGGAAAUACACGUUCAAAUUCAAUUUCAAAUACAAAUGAAUUAGUAAAUAGUAAAAAUCCUCAAAAUUUAAUCAAUGGUUCUAAACAUCGUUCAACACCUUAUCUAUCAUCCCUAGUAUGUAAUUGUAUGGAUAAUAAUGAUUCAGUUUUAUUAUCAUCAUCAUCACCAACACCACCUCCAACAUUUUCUCUAUCAUCAUCUUCAUCAACAUGGAAUAGUCGAAUUGUUCGAAAACUUAAUUCUGUUGCUCAUCGUUUUAAUGCAAGAUCAUAUGCUUGUUUAAUAUCACCUGAUCGAACGAAAUUAUUAAUUACACCUGAUUAUGAAGAUAAGCAUUCAUAUAGUCAUCAAAUACAUGAAGUCACGGUUAUAUUUGAUAUAAAAACAUAUGCUAUACUACGUAUAACACCUGCUCGUUAUGACCAACGAUUUUCAUUUGAUCCACGUUAUGGUCAUUCACGUUUAGCUGAAUUUGAUACAGUUCGUGGCCAAAUAACAGAUAUAACAAAAGAUCGUGUACUUGUUUGUUCAAAUCAUACAUUAAAAACGAAAGUUUAUCGUGUAGAAUAUACAAAUGAUGGACAUCUUAUUAUUGUUCUAUGCACACUUCCAAUAUUUCAACGUGUUAAACGUAAUUAUUUUCUUUAUAUUCUCAAUUCAUCAACAUUAUUACAUACACGGAGUAUUAUUGAUUAUCGUGGUCCAUUCUUUUCUCCAUUUGUAUUUACAAAUGAGUUUUCACUUUUAUUUAAUAUUUAUCCAUCAUUAUCAAAUUGUGGUUCAACAUUAGCUGUUUUGAAAAAUAUUGAACCAUCAUUAAAUGUACGUCUUAUUGAAGUGUAUUCUUUACCAUAUACAUGUACAACAUUAAAAGAAGUAACACGACGAAAUAUUUUACGUUAUGUUGAUCGAAAACAAAUCAAACAAUUACGUUUACCUGACAAUUUAAAAGCUUAUCUAGCAUAUAAACCACAAUUUACAUGA